CUAAAGGAGGAAAGCGGGGAGGGUCAGGUAUUGAAUAAAGUAGUUUAUCGCGGGAAACAAUUGAGAGAGAUGCAGAAACAGUGGCACAAUCUGACCACGAUAUUGAAAUACUCGAACGCCACGCCGUUCAAGGACAGGAACGACGCGGGCUACAUAUGCGCGUACUGCUUCAAAACCUACCCCGACCCCAACGUCCUAAGACAACAUACCCACUUCGAUCAUGACAAAGAAAAACCCACGUACAAAGCUGGCUCAGGAAUGAGUAGUUUCGUAGCGUUCUUAGAUAUAGUCGAUCUGAAAUGUACAAUCUGUGAUCAAAAUAUGGAUAGCAUUAACGUCCUCACCGAGCAUCUAGUCAAGCAACACGAUAAGAAGUAUUAUUUAGGCGUAACCGAUUACUUCCAACCUUUCAAACUGACGAGCGAGCAAGUGAUCAAUUGCUGUCUUUGCAACGAAAUAUUUCAUAAUAUGAAACUUUUGAUGCAGCACAUGAAUGUGCACUAUAGGAAUUUUAUAUGCACGAUAUGUGGUGCCGGAUUUGUGAAUAGCUUCCGACUGAAUAGACACGAAACGACACACGGCAAGAAAAAGUCUAGCUUCACGUGUCGGCAUUGCGGUCAAGUGUUCGCAGCUGAAUCGAAGAAGAAAGCUCAUGUGAAUACAGAACAUAAGGGGAUAGCUGGCGAUAGCGUCUGUCAGAUCUGUAAGGCGAGGUUCAAGAACUACUACCAGAAGACGAGACAUAUGAUGCAAGUACACAACGUAGAAGGUAUCAAAUGCGAUUUAUGCGAAAAAAAGUUUAAUUUAAAAUCGAACCUCGUCCUGCACAUGAGGAAUAUUCACCUGAAGGAGAGGCCGUACGAAUGCUCUGUAUGCAAUAUGGGAUUCUUCAUCAAGCGUCACAUGCUCGGACAUUAUCUUGCGACUCACACGAACGAGAGGAAAUUUAAAUGCGAUGUGUGUGGGAAAGCGUACGCGACGCAGAACAGUAAACGGAAACAUAUGAAGAAGAAUCAUGGGAUAACCAAGAAUAGUGUCAUUAAUCAGAGUGUAGACGAAUAACUGAGCUAUUUUGUUGAAGAUUAGAGUAUAACUUGCCUGUAUUUAUAGUGUGAAAUAAAAACUGUGUCGUGAUGA